CGGCCUCAUCUCGUAAAAGCGCAUAACUUUACAGCAGCAUAGGGUUGUUUUGUCCGCCAUGUUUAGAAGUGAAAUAUCAUACACGUUGUCGAUUUCUUUCCGGACGUGAGAAAUUUCUCCACAAAUCAUGGAAAAACAUUGUAUAUUGAAUUUACAAAUCAAGUAAAAAGGCCACCACCAAUUCCAGGAAGGGGAAGUUUGAAUGUUAAUGAAAACCAGAUAAGCAAAAGAUUGUGUUCACUUCUCGGUAAAAGAAACCAUGUCCUCUAGUGUCCGGACACCUCUUCAAACUGUUCAUGAAUCUGUGACACCAGAACAGGGAGAGGAGUCUGCUCCCCCUCCUCGGACAACUUCAUCACGAACUCGCUCUUCUGAUGAGCCCCAUGUGGGAAGAUAUCGUCUACUAAAAACAAUAGGAAAAGGAAAUUUUGCAAAGGUGAAAUUAGCAAAACAUCUUCCAACAGGAAAAGAGGUGGCAAUUAAGAUUAUUGACAAAACCCAGCUAAACCCAUCUAGUUUACAGAAGUUAUUUAGAGAGGUUCGAAUAAUGAAAAUGCUCGAUCAUCCAAAUAUAGUGAAACUUUAUCAAGUUAUUGAGACUGAAAAGACCUUGUAUCUUGUAAUGGAAUAUGCCAGUGGUGGUGAAGUGUUUGACUACUUAGUUGCUCAUGGAAGAAUGAAGGAGAAAGAAGCAAGAGCAAAGUUCAGACAAAUUGUCUCUGCUCUUCAGUAUUGUCAUCAGAAGAGAAUUAUUCACAGAGACUUAAAAGCUGAGAAUCUACUUUUGGACAGUGAGAUGAACAUAAAAAUUGCAGAUUUUGGAUUCAGUAAUGAGUUUGCCCCUGGUCAAAAGUUGGACACAUUUUGUGGCAGUCCACCCUAUGCAGCCCCUGAACUUUUUCAAGGCAAAAAAUAUGAUGGACCAGAAGUUGAUGUGUGGAGCUUAGGAGUAAUUCUCUACACACUAGUCAGCGGGUCUCUACCAUUUGAUGGAGCUAAUCUUAAGGAGCUCAGAGAAAGAGUGCUUCGUGGGAAGUACAGGAUACCUUUUUAUAUGUCAACUGACUGUGAAAAUCUUUUAAAGAAAUUUCUAGUUUUAAAUCCUGCAAAGCGAGCAUCAUUAGAAACAGUCAUGAAAGAUAAAUGGAUGAAUAUAGGCUAUGAAGAUGAAGAACUCAAGCCUUACACUGAGCCAGAGUUUGAUAUGAAAGAUGGCAGAAGAAUAGAAAGGAGAUUUUCAGAAAUGCUACAGACCUUGGGAUACACAAAGGAAGAACUUGAAGAAUCUUUGAAAAAUAAGAAGUAUGACGAUAUUAUGGCAAACUAUCUUUUACUGGGGAAAAAGCCAACAGAGAAUGAAAUAUGUGAUUCACGAUCAAAUUCAAGUCUUUCACUUCGAGCUCUUCGACCAGUGGUGGAGGGCACAAUCAGCAGCCAGUCUCCCUCGCAUAUUAAAGUUCAAAGAAGUGUUUCUGCAACAACAAAGCCUCGUCGCUUCAGUCACAGUGGGGAGCCAGGAAACCAGAAUGUUCCUUCAAGUGGCUCAUCUACCUAUAAACGACAGAAUACUCUCGAACCAUCAGCUCCGGUACCUAAAGAUGGUGUUUCUCCAUCAGUUGUAGUAAGCACCUUAUCACCAUCAGGACCACGGACUGUAAAAACUGCCCCUGGUGCUGUUAAUGCUAUGGAUAAAAGCAACUCUAAAUCAGGAUCUGAUACAUCAAUGACAUUAAGCCCGUCAAAAGGAUACGGGUCUGUCCGAAAAACAGGUAUGAGUGGAGUUUCUGCAAACAUUCCUGGCUUUGGAAAGACCAUUAGUGGCAUUCCUCGACGGAACACCUGCAAUUAUGACAGCAAAGGGUUGUCAAGUGAGAGAAGCCACAUUGAACCUUCUGGAAGUGGAUCUGCUUUAAAGCAACCCGACACAUUGUCACCUGCCUCUUCACUCAAUAGACCUUUCCCACGAGGCACUGCUAAUCGUAGCACUUUCCACAGUGGUCAGACUCGAGAGCGGCGUCAUACAAGUGCAUAUAAUGGACCUGGGACAGUACCCAUACAAACUCAGGACUUGUCAAGUGUCACUCCUGGAAGUCGUCAGUCUUUCUUCAGUAAACUCUCCUCCAAGUUCAGUAAGCGAACCAUGAAUGAUGACCAAGUGAAGCCACGUUCACUGAGGUUCACCUGGAGCAUGAAAACCACCUCUUCUCGAGACCCAAACGAAAUUAUGCAGGAAAUUCGCAAGGUCCUUGACAAAAAUAAUUGUGACUAUGAGCAACGAGAGAAAUUUCUGUUGUUGUGUGUACAUGGUGACCCUAACACAGACUCGUUGGUCCAGUGGGAAAUAGAGGUGUGUAAGUUGCCCCGGCUGUCACUAAAUGGAGUUAGGUUUAAACGUAUAUCGGGCACCUCUAUUGGUUUCAAAAACAUUGCAUCAAAAAUAGCAAAUGACUUGAAACUGUGAGAAAAACAAAGAUAGAAGAGGGGGGAAUACUGCUGGAAAAGUCAUUCAUUGGUAUACAGUUAAUAAUACUCUUAGUACAUUUCAUCUGUCUAUCAUCUAAACAAAUUUUAAGGGAAGUUGCAUACCAGUAAUCUGUUUUACAGGAAGUAAGAACAUUUUUAAGAUAAACACCUUUAUAUUGAUUGAUGCCUUUUUCAAGACAUGUUACACAAAUCAAACAAGUCAUUUGGAAUUUGUUUGAAACUGUGUGAACUUGCUACUGAUAUAAUAAUGGUAAUUUCUGCUUGCAUUUAAACCUUAAUUUUAAUAAUGGGGUGACAACCAACCCUUAUUAACUUAGGUAACACAAGAUAUGAUGACAAAAGCAGAUGUUGAAGUGAAAUAUUGAUCAGUUAGAAAGUGUUAAAAGUUUAUAAGGAACAUAUUUUUUUGCAAAAUUGUUAAGUCAUUAAUAUAUUAAGUAUAUAAAUAUAUAUAUAUAUAUAUAUAUUUCACACAGUAAAUCAUGAAAUAACCAUUUUAAGAACUGCAUCCUGUAGAAAAGGCAAGUCUGUUACUGCUAAAUUAACAUUGUAAUUAGAAUUUUUGUACUAUAUUGUAAUGCUCUGGCAACAGGAAGGUAGAUCUUAACAAGGUAAUAAGAUGUCUUUUUUUUCUCUCAUAAGGAUUGCAAACAGUUUAGACAUUCUGUAAGGUAAUAAGGUUCCAUUUAGAAUCUUUGUAGAAUAGGCAUUAUGCUUCUGUAAUUUAGCAUCAUGUUUUCAUCAUUAUCAUCCUUGUCACCAGUGUAUCAUCUCUGUGAUCUUUAUGUUGGAAAAGUAGGAUAAACGAUUAGUUGAAGUAAGAACAAAAUAUUUCAAAACUUGACAGUGUCUUGUGGUUCAUUAUUUGUAUAAUUUGCUUGUUUUUUUUUUUAUUUCUUGUAUUCAAAGUAGACUGGCUAUAACCUGGAAAAAUUGCUUGGCUUUGACUUGCAGGUUAGUGAUGUGGUUUAAAAUUUAGGUACUAAAAUGUUUUUUAGUUGCAACUAUUUAGGUCACAAUCAAAAGCAAAUUAUUUCUUGUAGUUAUGUAUUUACUAUCGGUAGUGAUGUGUUCUGGCAGCUAGCUCUGCACGGGAGCUUAAUACAGAAUUUGAGUUUUAUUACAUAGCCAAAUAAUUGCAAGUGCUUUUUUUUUUAAGCACUUUCACACAGUUGUUAAAUCAGAUCUUCAAAAUUAUCAGUUUUGUUUGAUAGCCAAAGCACGUUUCUUUUCAUAUUUUGUUCUGUGAGACUAAAUAUGUCCAGUCCUUUUUUUUAUUUGCUUCAUUGAUGAUGCAUUGUAUAGUUACUUAGUUCCUAGUUGGACAAAAUAAUUUAUGCAUGUUCUUCAAUUGAGGAUGUUUUGAUUGUUAGUUAGUGAAAUUCAACAGAUGUUGACCUGAAUUGUGUAAGAAUCUCAAGCCAUUUUUCAUGCCUGCGUAUAAAAAGUACUGCUACUACUUCAAGUUUAUUAUUUUUUUGAGCUUGAAUAUUUCUUCUUAUACAUUGCAAUUUUCAUAAGAAAAACUUUUUUAUUUUCUCAACUAUAAAGGUACAGUUUGCUAGGUUAUAUUUACAUAAAUAUAUAUAUAUAUACAUACAUAAAAAGUGUAACCGUUGGCUUGACCCUGUCUUCCCCUGCUUUUUGGUGCUUUGUGUUCAUCUUAUCUGAAAGUAGGGUUACACUGUUACUGUGUAAAUAAAUUAAAGUUGACAGUUGGUGUGGA